AUGGUUGCAAAGAGGAGACCUGGAAUUGUUCUCACAUUGAACCGCAAAAAAUCAACAGUCGUUAAUGAAGUUGAUAAUCCUGAAAGCCUGAGCAAAGAGAGUUACAUGAACAUCAUUGACUCCAUUAAUGAUCUUAUUGAUGAAGACUAUAGUGUCGCAAUCACUGGAGAUUUUAUGAAGCUGCCUCCCAAAAAACUGUAUCCCGAUUAUUAUCAGGUAAUUGAAUCCCCUAUCUCCUUAAAUGAGAUAAAAGCGAAAGUGAAAAAGUCCGACCGCUACUCAGUUCAAGAAUUCCUGAAGGAUUUCAAACUAAUGGCAGAUAAUGCCAAUACCUACAAUGACCCUCAAAGUUAUAUUGCUAAGAAUGCGAAUAAGAUAUAUGAAUUUGUUGAAUCUAGAAUAGCAGAUAUAAUUUCGAAUUCCAACGGCACUGAAACAUCGAAAACCAAGAAAAAAAUCAAAACUGCAAAAAGACUCGAUGCGGAGGACAAUGCUGGUAACCAGGAUUAUACCGUUGACCUCAAAUACAUCUUGAAAUCAAUCAUAAACUAUAAAGUCCCUUCUAGAGGCAAAUUAUCAACACCGUUCAUGGAUCUUGUAGAUGGUGAUAUGUAUCCGGAUUACUACAAGAUCAUCAGAGAAGGAAUGUCGUUCAACUUGGUGAGACAAAAGCUUGACGAAGGCGAAUAUACUAAUGGUAUAGAGGGAGUUGUCCACUUUCAACGAGAUGUUGACCUUAUUUUCACCAAUGCCCAGACUUAUAAUCACGAGGAAAGCCUUCUUUACCAAGAUGCGGUGAUACUCCAAAAGCUUGCAAAGGAAAAAAUAGAAAAACUGGAACAAUCAGUCUCAUCACCAUUAGAGUACGAAGAUGCGUCUUCUGACGACUUUGACAAUAAAGCUCCACCUCAGUCUAAAAGAGUAAAACAUCCCAUCAUGAAAGAGGACAGUAAGAAAAGAAAGCUAUCAAAAUCGAGGAAGAGAACCAUAAACGAGGUGGAAGAUGAUGAUUUAGAGAUUGAAGAAGCUGGACAAGACUCCGAAGAUGAUGAACCGAACUCUGAAGACGACGAAAGCGUAAGAAAUGGAAAGGGCAACGUGACACACGAAUUGAAUAUUGAGUAUCCGGUAGAGGGAGACAGCUUUACAGAAGAACCAGCUUUCAUACAAGGUCACGAAAAGAAGGCACAAGCCAAUUCUCAUGUUAAGCAGAUCACGAUCUCCUCAAGCACUAAAAAUUAUACACAAACAAGCUCCGACAGACUCUAUGAAAUCACUCUUUCAAAUCCUGAUACGAUGAACGCAAUAACGCUCCCAUCUGACGUUGUGGGACAACCUUUUGUUGUCUUCGUAUCGCUUUCAAGUUCCAUCAUGAACGAGCGGUAUGUGUCUGAACUGAAAGUGAAUAACGAAACGGUAAAGCCAUUUCCAAUUGCAAUAUCCUACGAUGGCAAAGGUGAGAACGAUUUUCUGGCUGCAAGAUAUGAGAUCAAAACGGGCUUCGGAAUUAAUCUAAUUGAAUUUAUACUCAAAGUACCAGGACCUAGGGAUGUUGUCAAAAGAGAGGCCUUAGCUGAAGAGGAUUCAAAAUAUCGUCGCCGCACUGCUGCUUUGAAUCCUAUAAAUGCAACAAAUAAUGCGGAAGACAAGAACUACGAUGUCCAAACAACCAAAAUAUGGAUAAACGUUUCUCAAUAA